GAAAGAAAACCCUUUGAAAAAUAACUAUAUCCUCUUUAUCAUUUUUAUCAUAAACAUAAACAUGCAAUUCAACAAAAGAAUGCAAAUUUCAAAUAUCAGAAAAAGAUAUAAAUUUUCAAGGGAGAAGAAUUCAUUAAAUUCACAACAACCUAUUUUGAUGAUAUUAACAAUCUUCUUCCUGAAAAGAAGAAAGAUGCAAUCUCAAUUGUUAAAUAUCUAAAUUAAAAUCCUAGCAUUCUCAAAAUAGACAGACUUGAAGAUGAUCAUAAAAAAAAUGUUCAAGAAAAAAGUCUUUGACACCAAGGUUAAUUUAUUUAGUCCUAUUCAAAGGACUAAACCUUUACAAGUCAAGGAUUUUAUAUUCAAUUUGAUAGUCAAAAACAAAAACUAUAACCUUAUUAUUGGUAAGUAUUCUGCUUUUAGUUUUUAUAGCAUUUCUCUUAGAAUCUUCAAAGUUACAUUAAAUAUUCUUGUAUUUCUGGUUGUCUUUCAAAUAAUUAGAUUCAUUGUCUAUAUUAUAUCAUAAUUAAUGGGCUAUUGUUUUGGAUUCUUCCAAAUCUAAAUAAUGAUGUAAGUUAACUUAUCAAUAAUUACAUAGUCAUAUGGAAUUUUAGAAUCAUUCAAGCUAUUAAAUUCAAAUUAUAGGUAUUCAGAUGGAAAAUUAGAAAUUUCUUUAAGAUUAAUUGGAAUUUUUGCAUUCAUUUUCUUAAUAUAUAUUAUUGUCUAAGAACCUUCUUAUAUUACUGAAUUUUAAGAAGCAAUUGAAUAAACUAUAGAUGAUAUCCUUGUAUGUAAUAAAGUUAAAUUGGAGGAUAAAAAAGUAUAAUUAAACAUCAUUUUAGGUACCUUCAUUAAGAGGAGCUAUCCCAGAUUUUAAUGAAUUUAUUAAAUAAGCUGAAGAAGGUCUUGUUAAUAGUCUUAAAAUAAUGUUUAUGA